GAAAUAUCGUAGUUUUUCUCUUCAAUCGGUCAAGUGGCGUUCUUUCUUUUCAUAUUACUAUGUUUUUAUGGACUAAAACUGAUAUUCAAAUAUUACAUUAUAUGUUUUGAUUUUAGUUAAGAAAUUUAUCUGAACUAGAACUCGGUCCUUCAGUGCACAAAGUGGAAAUAAGAGCUUAAUGGUAGUAAUUACAAGUUGGUGAAACUGUGAAUGACCAGGUCGUUAUUAAAAUUCGACUGCACGCACGAAGACGUGCUAAGAGGAAAACAAAAGAAAAGCGAAGACAUAACUCGUGUGAAAUGUAUUUGAAAAUAUGGAAAAUUUGAAAAUAAGUGAAAAUUUAUUUGCGAAUAUACGAUAUUUCGUUGAUGGAAAUUUAGAUGAAGAGGUUGAAAAAUUGCUUAAGAAUGGUGGGGCACAAUCGAAACGCUUUUUAUCGGAUGUGGUUACACAUCUGGUGUGUGCGCCUAACUACACUGAAGAAGAAUUGGCAAUGAACUUGGAUCUGUACAAUGUUAUACCAGUUACAGAUCAAUGGAUUGUACACAGUGCAAAAUUGGGGCGACUAGCGUCUACAAAAGCAUUUGACCCAAGCACACAACGGCUAUUCAAAUCUCUUAAAUUCGCAAUAACAAAUUUAUCAAAUGAAGACUUCAAAUAUUUGUACGCCAUUCUCACAUUUCAUGGGGCUCAAGUUACUACCGUGCCCGACGCGAACACAACACAUUUAAUAUGCGGUAGUGUAGGAGGAUGUAAUUACAAUCGAGCAAUAAAAAAAUCUGUAAAUAUUAUUAGUCCUGACUGGGUAUUAGAUUGUUUAAAACAAGGAAGAAUUCUGGGUUGCGAAGGAUACCACCCUCGUUUACUGAAAGUUGUCGACAAACCCAAAACUGUACAUAAACUGACAAACAUCGCUGCUUCAUAUAAUCACGCUUCUACAACAAAACCAAUACCACAAAUUCCAACUUCAGUUCCUGUUGCGCCAACUACAACUACGAAUACCUCAGAUUGCAAUAUGGUUGACUCUGUUGAGCAGACACUAUCGACAAUAUUAGGUUUUGAUGAUGAUGAUAUGGGUGGCAUUGUGAGCAGCAUUGACAACACAAUCGGUGGUAGUGUAGAUGAUGCUGAUGCUGCGGAAAGUAUUGCCAAUAUUAAAUCGCAGUUGCAGGCUUCUUUACCACCCUUACCACCUGCUCCACCGAUCCCAUCUCCAAGUACAAAUACAGGGAACAAUUCAUGCAAACCUCCAACAACCCAAUUAACGGCCAAUAUGACAUGUAAUGAGACAAAUCAAUUGCCCGAAGUUUUAUUAAACAGUGUUCCUGUUGCUCCCCCAAUACAACAACAACAAGUGCUGCAUCAAUCUCAACAACAUACUCAAUUACAAAGCCAAUCACAUCCACAACAGCAAAUUGUGUUUGUGCGUCCUCGUAAUAUUCAACAACAACAACAACAAUUGAUUUUAGGUGGACCACAACAGCCAGCAUUACAACCUCAACAAAUAAUUGUUCAACAAAAAAUAGUACCAAAUGUUGUGGCUCAGCAGCAAAUUCAAAUGCAACCGCAGGUUCAAACUAAAUUAGGCUCAGGAAAUGUUUUGCAACAACAGAGAAAUCUGAAGAGUCCACAACAUCACAUUCAAAUAAUACAGCAUCAGCAACUGCCACAAACCCCACGUACUCCCCAACCGCAACCACCAAGUCAUCCUAAUCUUCCGCCUCAACCACGUACAGCUCCUUCGACACCCACUUCAAGUGGUCCACCACCACUGCCAGAUCCACGUACUCCAACUCCGACACCAACUGGUCUUGGUGUGAACACAUCACAACCGCGGACACCCCAAACUCCGAGUGGUAGACAAACUCCGGCAUCUAGAACACCCUGCACGACUCCUCAACCACCCAAUCAGUCUCCCCAACAUGCUGUCACUAUACCGAUGUCGCCACAAUCACAGCAACCUCAGCAACAACAAACAGUGCAAAUGUCGCCGCAAAUGUUACACCAACACAUAGUAAACCAGCAACAUAUACUUCAGCAACAACAGCAACAGCUUCAGCAGCAUAUACAAAAUGGUCAGAGUUUGACACCCCAGCAACAGGCUUUACAGCGUCAAAUACAACAUCAACAACAACAAUUAACACAACAACAACAGAAAUUUCAACAGCAUCAGCAACAACAACAACAACAACAAAUGCAACAAUCUCCCCGAUUAAACCAAAAUCCUCAAUCGCAAUCACCUUCGUUACAACAACAACAACAUCAUGGCCCUGGCGGUGGUAGUAUGAUGCCACCACAAUCGCCACGACAAUCUCCAGCUCUUCAAAUGACGCCCCCACCACACUCACCUCAACCGCAGCAACAACAACAAAUGCGGCAGCAAAUGCAAAACCGACAACAGCAACAACACCAGCAGCGUCAACAACAAUGUUUAGGUGGGGCGAUGGGUUCACCCCAACAUCAGUCAUUGAUGUCGCCACAACAGCAACAACAACAACAAACUCUACAACCUUUUCAACAACCCCAGCGUAUAUCUCUAGCACAGCUACAACAAAGUCCACAACAUAUUUCUGCUCCGCAGUCGCCACAAAACCAGCAGACAGCACCAGCAACGCAACAAACAAAACAGCAGAUGAUACAACAAAUGAAACCAAUCGAUCCAACCGAUCCCGUUCAAGUUGCGCAAGUGCUUAGUCGAUCAAGCCCAAAUCACGAAUCGUUAAUAAUGCGACAACAGAAUUUGAAACAGCAAGCAUUACAGCAACAGCAGGCAUUACAACAGCAACAGCAAGUAUUGCAACAACAGCAGCAGCAGCAACAGCAAAAUAUGCAAAUUCAGCAACAACAGACACAAUCUGCUAGACAAUCGCCUUUGCAGCAACCUCAGGUACAACAACAGAUUGUCGUCAAUCCCAACAAUCAGCAGCAUCAAAUUAUUGCUCAACGACAAGUCAUCAACACAUCUACAGUGCAGGGUCAACAGCUAAUACAAAGUCAUAUGAUGAGUAUACAACAUCAGCAGCAGCAACAACAACAGCAACAAACACAAAAUAAACAACAACACUUGAUAAAUAUACAGCAGCAGCAACAACAACAGUUAAUUGUUCAGCAACAACAACAACAGUCGCAGCAAUUGCAACAGCCUCAACCACAACAGCAACAGUCGGGAUCAAUGCAAUUUAGUCAACCACAACAAAUGACCAUGUCAGGGGGUCAAGUGUGUAUCAUACAACAAACUUUGCCACCACAACAACAACAGCAACAGCAAAUAAUUCAACAACAGCAGGCAACUGGCAUUUCAACAAAUUAUCAACAACAAAUUAUGAGUCCGAACAUACAGCAAUCUAACACACAACAGCAGCAACAACAUCAGCAGCAUCAAGUAAUGAGUCAACAAAUUCAAAUUCCACCACAAGCCCCACAACAUCAGCAACAGCAACAAAUUGGUAUUGGCGGCAACCCUACGCAAAUAACGGUUUCAAACAAGUCAAAGAUUAUAAUAAGUCAACAACAGUUUGAAAAGCUUAGUCCGCAACAGCAACAACAGAUAUUGCAACAAAAUCAACAGAAUCAGAACGUCGUCAUAGUGAAUCAGACAAAUUUGACAGCUCAGCAACAACAACAACAACAACAGCAACAAACGCAAGGGCAACCGCAAAUUGUUCAACAAAUCAUACAGCAUCCUUUGCAGCAAUCGCCACAACAACAGCAACAAACAAUCCAGAUGCAACAGUCCCCUCAGCAUCAACAUCAGCAGCAGCAAUUGCAACAAAUCCCACAAAGUCCAACUCAAGUUCUGAAAAAUCCGCAACAGCCUCCUCCAAUCUAUACGCAUCGUCAACAAUCCGUGGAAGCGACAGAUGGCUCUAAUAGUAUGCAGCAACAACAACAACAACAACAGAUCCAACAUGCACAACAAUCGCCCCAAAUGAUAACUCAAACCCAAGUCUUACUUAAUCCACAACAGCAGCGUAUUCAACUACAACAACAACAACAGCAACAGGGCAAUAUGCCUCAGCAACCACAACAAAUUGUAAUAAAUCAACAAGUGAUUAAUAAUCCUCAACGUUUGCAGUACAUACAACAACAUCAACAACAAAUACACCUACAACAACGUAAACAACAACAAAAUGCAAUAAUUGUCGGACAACAACAAUUGCAGCAACCAUCAGCUCAACAACAGAUUAUCAUACAGCAACAAACUAUACCAACGCAAGUUUCACAGCUACAACAACAACACCCUCAACAGUCACCACAGCAACAAAUGAUGGCAAUACCACCUAACGGUAAUAUACAAAAUCAAAUAAUAUUGCAGCAUCAAAAGCCAACAUUACAACAACAACAUUCAGUGGAGGCAACACCGCCCCAACAACAACAACAGCAGCAACAACAAAUUAUACUACAACAGCCGCCGAUACAGCAGACGGUUGUUAUUCAGCAGCAACAGUUAUCACAGCAACAAUUAAUUGCUGCUGGUCAAUCGCCACAACACCAACAACAAACGCAACAACAACAUCAACAAUUGAUUAUCCAGCAGAAUUCACCACAGCAGCAACAACCGCAUUGGUCGCCACAGCAGCAACCACAGCCGAGUCCCGCUGGAAUGCAACAACAACCAACACAGUCUCCAGUAGUGGUUAGUGGCCCACAAGUGAUUGCGACGAACUCCUCCCUGGGAAACUUACAAGGCUCUCAACAAUUCAUUCGUGCCGUACGCCCCGGGCAAUGGCAACAACCGGGCAUACCUCCUGGCACUCCCACAUUGCAGGGUCAACCUCAGCGGCAAGUCAUACAAGUUGAUGACAAGACGCAUGCACAUCUUAUGACCCUGGACCCUGUAAAGAAAAUGGAAUAUAUCGCCAAGUUGCAGCAGCAAAAUCAAAAGCGUCUGUUGUUUCGCCCGCAAGUGCCAUAUCAAGUGCGUCCAGGUGCGCCAAAUGUUGUGUCCACUACACUGGGCACCGCAUUGCAACGACCACCGGGUGCCCCCACACCCGGUACUCAUAUAAUUGUGCAAAGUCAAAUGCCUGCAGGUCUCACGCAGCAGCAACAAGUGCAAUGGCUGCAACAGCAAGGCGCGCGGCAAGUUGUUGUACGUCCUGGUGCAGCACCCGGUUUAAGUCCAAUAUCGCAGCAACAGCAACAAAUUGUCGUUGGUGGUCAGCAGACACAGCAGCAGGCUCAGACGGUGAAUACCACCCAAUUCAAUACCAACGAUCCCAAUCAGCAAAUGUUGCUUCAGCGUCAACUACGAGUGCAACAAGUACAAUUACAACAACAGCACCAACAAUUGACACCACAAAAACAACCACCACAACAGCAACCCGGUAUUCAAGUGGUCGCCGGAACACAGUCUACAAUGGUCGAUCAACAGCCGACUGCACCUAAUACACCAACAACGCCUGGCAGCAAUAUCAUGAACACGCUUACUUCGAGGCCAAUGGUUAUGGGCACCGCCGAAACACAGCAACAGGUGGGGGGAAAUCCACAGCAACAGCAGCAGCAGGUUAUGCAACAGACGCAACAACAACAAAUGAAUAUGAAAACAAAGACUGCUUUAGCGAACAUGUUGAAUAGUCGCCUGAGCAAUAUCAACGGUGGCGCUAUUCAACAACAAACAAUGGUUGUUGCGGCGAGUGGUGCCCCCGUUACAGAUCAAUCGCUCCAACAACACCCUCAACAAAUAAUACAGCAUCAGGUGGUAGUCGCUGGCAACGCGUCGCAAACAGGCGUCAUGUUGCAACAGCAACAACCUCAGCACUCACCGCAACAGCAAAUUGGACCAGGCGGUGUUGUAUUGGAACAGCAGGACACUGCUGCGGGCCGGUUGCGACUGAUGACACAGCAACAUAAUGCAGCAUUGCAACAACCAGGCGUACCUCCAGGUACGCAACUAUUGCAGGGUGUGGUUGGUGCAGCCCAGCCACGCACACAGCAAGAGUUAAUGAUGCUGCAGCAACAACAGCAACAGCAAUUGCAAUUACGUCGCUCCGGUGCGGUUUUGCAGACUCAGCUUUCGGCGAGUGGUCAUGUGACUCCCGGUGUCGCCCAACAACAAAUUGUUGUGGCAGGCCCUCAACAACAUCCACAGCAGUUGGGUAUUGCCGGCGGGGUACAGCAACAAAUUGCGGUAGCACAAAUUCCACAAACUCAGCCGGUACAGACACCUCAAGGCGUGAUGACACCAGCUGGAUUUAUACAGGGCCGCCCUAAUAUGCCGCCGCCAGCACGACCGCAAUUUUACGGACAUAAUCCAAAUCUGAAGUUGCCGCCUGACCUCUUCCUUGUCGGUUGCACAUUUUAUAUUGUAGAAUAUGACGAAACCGAUGCCGAUGAACUACCCAUCUGGAUGGAGACCAUACGUCAGUUCGGCGGCGACAUUGAGCGCGUCUACUGCCAACGCGUCACACACGUACUCUGUCGCACGCAACGUCAUGGCGUUGUUAUGCAAGCCUUGCGUGACGCCAAGCGCUGCAUAACCGCUUACUGGCUAAGCGAUAUCUGCUUUAAGAAGCAGUUGCUACCGCCAUGGCAGGCACUGCAUCUACCUUUCCCCAGCCAAUUCGGUUAUCAAAAGCCGCUGGAAAGGCAUAUUAUUUCGACGUACGGUUUCGAAGGGGAGGAGAGUUUCCGCAUUAAGCAAAUGGUGGAGGAGUGUGGUGCCAUAUACACGUCAUAUUUGUCGAAACACAACACCGUGUUGAUUUGUAAGAAACCAGAAGGCGACAAAUACAUCGCUGCUAAGGAAUGGAAUAUACCUAUUGUAAACUCUAUUUGGCUAGCAGAUAUUUGCAUUGGUAAUCUAAGUGGAAUGUCUCAGUACGAAAAUCAAAAGUAUCAGCAAUAUUCGCUGGUGGCGCCCUUCAGAAUCGACUAUCCGCUGGUACCACAAUUAAUGGCUGCUUGGAAGGCACCUAUAAAUCUGACACAGGACGCGCAUGAACGUGUGAAACGUUCAUUGGCCGAUCCAUUUUUCGAGCAAAAGGCAAAACGUCAAAAGAUCUCACCAUAUCAGGAAGAAAUACCCGAAAACAUAGUUUGCAUUGAAUAUCCACAAAAUGACAAGCCACCGAAGGUGAUAUUUUCGCAGGUUGUCGACCCAGAAUCGCUGAAAAAAGCUGUGCUUUCGCUUGGCGGUAUUGUUGUGGACAAUCCAGAAGACGCCACUUUCUUGGUUAUGACACGCGAAAGCCGCACCUGUAAACUAAUCCAAGCCGUUUGCCAUGUGGAUUAUGUAUUAAAAUCAAAUUGGUUGGUGGAUAGCGCGAAAGCGGGCCGCUUUCUUUCACCUGAUCCAUAUAAGAUACAAUACAUACCGGUCGAUGAGAAUUUGAAAUUCCAUCUCGAUACCGUGCUUCAAUCAAAUGUGCGAAAUACGCUAUUUGCUGGUAAACACUUCUUUGUAACACCCGAUGUUUUCCCCUCACGCACUGAAAUCGUCCGCAUGAUUGAGUCAUCCGGUGGCAAAGUGGAGGCAAAACGACGCACAUCGCAGGCAAUCGCUGAUACGCAUGCUCAAUCGCCAGAGUCGUAUAUAAUUGUAACGUGCCCCAAUGAUAUGCAUUUAUGUGUGGACUUGACGCGUCAGGGCAUACCGAAGUGUCCAAUUGUUUCGACAGAGUUUGUGAUGAGUUCGAUACUAAAGCAAAAGUUAGAAAUCGAACCAAAUCUAAUCAACUACUUGUAUAAUAAUAACUACGCUAGCACUAAGUCGAAAUAGUACAUUAAUAUACCAUUAAGAUUGGCAAAUUUACAAAAUUAUGAUUAGUACGUAGUAAGCAAAAAAAGAUUAAUUAAGUUGUAGAUAUGUAAUUGUAGAUAUUUGUAAGAAAAAAUAUUAUUUUUUGUAUACCAUAUUUCCUUAACGCAACCAUUUUGUAGAUGUUUAUACACUAGAUUAUUCGUAUUGCGAAAAUAAGGAUUUUUAUAGAAAUGGCAAAGCAACAUCUAGUAAUAUAUAUAUAUAUAUACAUACAUGCUUAUGUAAAUAAUUUAUUCGAAAAAGAAGUAAAAACCUUAUGCUAAAAAACCAUUAUGGAAUAGUUAAUAUAAUUAGUCGAUAUUUUGAGAAAAGAAAACAUAAGAAUGCGUUGAAAACACUUGUAAUGUAUACGAUUAUACUUCGAGAGCCAGCAUAUUAUUUCCUUAAUUCAUACAUAUUAUUUUGUACAUUAUUUCUCUUGCGAUAUAUUUUCUGUAAAAAUCCAAGACCAAGCAUACAGCCAUGUUUGGUUGAAAUACGUAUCACAAUAAAAAUAUUUUUCAAUAUA